CCGCCGCCCCUCGCAAUGGCGCUGCAGCUCCGCCGCCUCCUCCCGCACGGCUACGCGCACCGCGCCGUCACCCUCGCCACCAAGCCAUCGCUGCCGCCGGCGCCCGCCAUGCUACACUUUGGGACUUCUCAGAGAUACACGUGCGCCUUCACGCCUUAUUCACCCCUCCGCCCCUGCCAAACGUGCGGGGUCACGGUGAGGAGUAGCUCAGCAAGGCAGAUGUCUUCAGGAACCGGCUCGCGCCUCGCCCUGCAGCUCAAAAGUGGUACCUUUUUGACUACCGGGCUCCCAGGUUACCACGGCUUCGUAACCUCCAGAGCCGCGGAUAUCCGCGGAGUUGCUUUGAAUGCUACCGGCAUCUGUACUUCAUCGCGGCUCUUCUCGACAGCGUGCGGUAAAAGGCUAAGGUUUCUCGUUAGAAACAAGAGCUCAUUUAGCAGUCCGAAUGUGAUUAGGAGAGAUGGAUCCGAGAGACGGCAUAGCACACUAGCUGCGUGUAGCACCGUUGCUGAUGAGGCUUCCACAUCUACGAGCAAGAGCAGUGAGAGUGGUGCAGGUACUAAGAAGGGCACUCUUCGGAGGAAGAAAUCUGCAGGUACCAAAAAAGAAGUUAGUGCGGAAAUGGAAGAAAAGAAAGUACCCACCAAGAAAAAGACCAGAGCUGCUAAAACAGCAGCAAAGGCAACCGAGGAAGCUAGUGUGAACCAAGAAGAGAAGAAGGCCGCCGCUUCUAAAUCAAAGAAAGGGGUUGGUACAUCCAAAGAGAAAAAGACAGCAACAAAGCCGAAGAGAUCUUCGAAAGCGAAGGAAUCCGCUGCUGCUAUUGGAGCUGCUGAUGCCAAGAAUCACACGAAGACCUCCGCUGAUGGUUCUGGCAGUGAGACAAAGCCACUUGUACCUCUUUAUCCCCCCACAGCUAAAUCAGUUGUUGUAGUUGAAUCAGCUACAAAAGCGAAAGUUAUCCAAAAAUACCUCGGGGACAUGUACGAAGUAUUACCUAGCUAUGGUCAUGUGAGAGAUCUAGCCGGGAGGUCAAGAUCUGUCCGCCCUGAUGAUGACUUCAGCAUGGUAUGGGAGGUGCCUACUGCUGCCUGGACACACCUUAAGAGCAUCAAAGUAGCAUUGAAAGGAGCAGAAAAUUUGAUUCUUGCAUCUGACCCUGACCGUGAAGGUGAAGCAAUUUCUUGGCACAUAAAGGAAAUGCUUGCACAGCAGGAUGUGUUGGAUGGCCGUGUUACUGUUGCACGAGUUGUCUUCCAUGAAAUCACAGAGAAUGCUAUUAAAAACGCUUUAAUGUCUCCAAGACAUAUCGAUAUGGACUUAGUUAAUGCUUAUCUCGCACGCCGGUCCCUUGAUUAUUUGAUUGGGUUUGGCAUAUCACCACUUCUAUGGAGGAAGUUGCCUGGUUGUCAGUCAGCUGGACGAGUCCAAUCUGCAGCUUUGGCCCUUGUAUGUGACCGGGAGGCUGAAGUAGAACAGUUUAACCCUCAGGAAUACUGGACUGUCGAUACGGACUUCAAAACCCAGUGUUCAGACUCUUCAAAAGGCCUAUGCCUCACAUCCAGGAUAAAGCAUCUCAAUUCAAAAAAGCUGGAUCAACUUUCUAUAAGCUCUCGAGAAGAAGCACAAGCUAUAGAAAAGAGGAUUUAUUCUUGCCAUUUUGAAGUAAGAGGUGUUAAGAGAAGCAACUCUCACAAGAAUCCUCCGAUGCCAUAUAUAACAUCCAGCCUUCAGCAGGAUGCAGCAAACAAACUACAUUUUGGUGCAGGGCAUACCAUGAAGGUAGCCCAAAAGCUUUAUGAAGGGAUCAAUCUUUCUUCAGAACAAGCAACAGGCCUAAUAACAUACCUCAGAACAGAUGGGUAUCAUAUUUCCAAUGAAGCUGCCCAAGAUAUUCGUUCAUUAGUGAAAGAAAGGUAUGGUGAGCAGUAUGCAUCAGAGGAUAUUAGGAAGUAUUUGAAGAAGGUGAAAAAUGCUCAAGAGGCCCAUGAAGCUAUAAGGCCCACCAGCAUAAGGAGGUUGCCAUCAUCUUUGGUUGGAAUACUCAAUGAGGAUUGUUUGAAACUGUAUACUCUAAUAUGGAGGAGAACAAUGGCUUGCCAAAUGGAAGCUUCCAGAACUGAGCUGAUCCAAGUUGAUAUUGGCAAUCCUGAAGGAGACAUAACAUUUCAUUCAUCUGCAUCAAGGCUUGACUUCAAGGGAUACCAAGCCGUCUAUGAGGAUACUGAAGCAAGUGGGUCCAGUGAAAACCCUGAAGGAGAAGUUGCGCAUCAGGAUAACUUUGAGGCCUUGUCCAAAUUACAGGUGAAGGAUUUGGUAUCUCCAAUUAACGUGCAUCUUGGGCAGCACUUCACUAAACCUCCAUUCCGUUAUUCUGAGGGUGCUUUGAUUAAAAAGAUGGAGGAACUUGGAAUUGGAAGGCCCUCUACAUAUGCAUCUAUAAUGAGGGUGUUGCAGGACCGGAAAUAUGUGACAAUAAAAAGUCGAGUUUUGCACCCUGAAUUCCGUGGUCGAAUGGUCUCAGCAUUUCUUUCACAUCUUUUCUCUGAGAUUGCCGAUUACAGCUUUACCGCUAACAUGGAGACUGAGCUAGACAAUGUUUCUGCUGGGUCAACUGAAUGGAAGGGCCUACUGAAAGAUUACUGGGAACGAUUCAACAAAUAUUGCGGAGAUGCUAGUCAAUGGGAUGUCAGAAAGGUAGAGAGAAUGCUUGAAGAGAAAUUCUCUUCUAUCCUCUUUCCAGACCUUGCCAGCGAUAGUAGGAUUUGCCCUAGUUGUUCUGAAGGAACCCUGAGAUUCAAAGUUAGUAGGUAUGGCGAAGGCUACUUUAUUGGCUGUGAUCGGCAUCCGAAGUGCAAGUACAUCGCUCGCACAUUAUCAGAUGAAGAUGAUGAUAAUGAAGCCUCUGAGGAAACACAACCAAGGUCUUUUGAGCCUAGGUUACUUGGUCUCAUUCCUGAUACAAGCGAACAGGUGUUUUUGAAACAAGGUCCUUAUGGUUACUACAUCCAGGUUGGAGAGGAUAGAAAAGGAUCUUCUCAGAAAAGAGCUCCUCUGUCUGAGGUCAAAGAUGUUGACUCUAUCACUAUUGAAGAUGCAAUUGAGCUAUUGCAGUAUCCAAAAAAUCUGGGAAAUCACCCUGAUGAUGAGCAUCCGGUGCUGAUGACACAUUCUAAAGCUGGAUUUAGCGUCCGGCACAGGAGAACUCUUGCUCCAGUGCCAAAGAGCGAAGACCCAAAGAAGAUGACGCUUAAGCGUGCACUGAAGCUUCUGACGGGUAAAAAUGUCAAAAAGUUCGGUCGACCAAAGGGAAAAAGUAACAAAGAUGCAGAAGUCAUUGAAUGGCAUUAAGUGAUUGGCUGUUACAGUAUCCAAUGUGGAGACUUCUCACUCUCAGAACUAACAACGGUCCACGUAAGCCUGCGCAUAAAGUUCAGACUGGAUCAGCAGUAAGACAAGUCAGUAUUUAUGCAAGUGGUUCUGUGUGCCCAAUACUGUCGAUACAUUCCCGGUUAUGCUUUCUGAGAGAGGGGCAUCAGUGCGUGACAGGGCAGCUGGUCAGAUAAGCAUAUAAAGCCUGUGCUCAGAUGCUCAUGUUUUCUGAGCUGUAUUUGCUGCUGGAUUUCUUCAUCCUAAGAGGAUAUGUACCCUAGACUUUCAAAGGCUGAUCUCCCCUCACUUCAUUCAUUUAUGGGACACAGUCAGCAACUGUACAGAAAACACAGAUGAUGAACAGCUUACUGGAUUAUACACCCAUAGGUUUUGCUAUUUCCAUUUUGUAAUUCUUAAAUAGCAAUGGUAUCAUAAAAUUCCAUGGUUGAAUGUGACUGCCGUUAUUCCCUUGGCCAUUGCACAUUGUUGCGGCAAUUAAUGUAAAAUUAAAGAGUCCUCGAUUUAGAGGCCUCUGAUUUUUUUUGUUUA